CCAAUGAGAAACAUUGUCGACAUCAUACGGACCAAUGACAGGAGGGUUUUUAGCUAGGCUUCUGUCGUUUUCGAAGCCUUGCAUAAAUUACCUCAACAUGGAUACUAUUUUCCAUGAAAAACAGGAGGGCUCGUUGUGUGCCCAACACUGCCUCAACAACCUUCUACAGGGAGAGUAUUUCACGCCGAUAGAAUUGUCAUCAAUCGCUCAUCAGUUGGAUGAGGAGGAGCGGAUGAGAAUGGCAGAGGGUGGUUUAGCCAGCGAAGAGUACAGAACCUUCAUGCAGCAGCCCUCUGGCAAUAUGGAUGAUAGUGGUUUUUUUUCGAUUCAAGUCAUCAGUAAUGCUCUUGGAGUGUGGGGUUUGGAGCUGAUCCUCUUCAACAGUCGUGAAUACCAGCGGUUAAUGAUAGACCCAAUAAAUGAGAAGGCUUUCAUAUGCAACUACAAAGAACAUUGGUUCACAGUGCGAAAACUUGGACUGCAGUGGUUUAACCUGAAUUCGCUCUUGACUGGACCAGAGCUGAUAUCAGAUACAUACCUGGCUCUUUUCCUAGCGCAGUUACAGCAAGAAGGGUAUUCUAUAUUCGUGAUCCGGGGGAACCUGCCGGAAUGCGAGGCAGAGAAGAUUUUGGGGAUUGUGCGUGUCGACCAGCAGCAGCGGCCCAAGCUGAUUGGUGAAGAUGACGCCCAGACGAGUGGUGGUCCAAGGGCACCCCUGACGGUCAAGGAACCAGGACCUGUGUUGGAGGAGAGGGCGUUGGAUUCGGAUGAAGAAGAGUUGAAGAAGGCCCUGGCCCUGAGCCGACAGGACAUGGAGGUGGAGGAUGAGGAGGCGGACCUCCGGAGAGCCAUCCAGCUGAGCAUGCAAGGCGCAGCUCUGAGUAGACCCCCCGCCUCCACGGCUGGUGUACCCAAAGAUGGCCCUGGUGUCCCUGUAACAUCAGGGAGCUCAUCGACGACUGGGACGAUAGGAGGUCCCCGGGAGAACAACCUCAGUGCCGAGGAGUUACGCCGGAGGAGACAGGCCUACUUCGACAGGCAGUCUCAGGUCAACACGCCAGUCGCCACUACACAGCAACAGGACAGUAAACCCACAGGCUUAGAUGGGCAGUAGCGAAGAGGACUGUGAGACCAGAUGCAGUCAUGGAGUGAUGUGAGUGGCUGUGGCCAUGGCUGACGCCUUAGGUUGAUGACGACUACACCGCCUACUUUACCUGACGUCUGCAAAGUGGAGCUGCCUCCGCAAGAAAGGAUGCUAGACAGACUUCUACACAGUGGGGGGGAAAGUUCUGCUGAAUAUUCUAAGACUGCAGUGGACAACAGAGCUAGAAUGGACACACCAAAAGGGGGGGAGAUCUCUCACGUCUCAGUCGAAUCAGUUGUUACUGUAGAGAGAGACCAGCGGAACAUGACAGGGAGUUUACCAUCGUCUCUCCAACCCGUACUACUAAAGCUGUCCCAAUUACAAUUUUUGCAUUUUUUUUUUUUCCAGCCUUGUCCUUUGCCUCUUUCUUUUGAAUCUUUCUGUCUUCUGCCAUUUCAUUUGGGGAGCAUAGAAGGGAGGGGAGGGGAGGCCUUCCUCAACAUUUACCACUGGGGGCGGGGAGUCAGUCGGGAGGAGUCGGGAGGAGGAACCUUUUAGGGAAAGCGACUGAGACCCUGAGGAGGAGACUGUGAAGUAGAAAUGAAAGGCACCCAUCUUCCUUUCUCUCCUGUAUGGUCACUCCUUCAAAUCACUGCUGACCUCCCAAUGUGGGCUUUGCCUUGAUUCUUAGAUUAAUUUUGACCAAUGAGGGGUUAGCAUUGAUUGUUAGAUCAAUUUUGAUGAUUUGAUGUUUUCUAACAAGCUAGGUUUAAAACAGCUUUGCAACGAUACAUGUGGGGGUCUGUUAAGGUUUACCAUAAAAAUAUUUUUUUCCAAAAAGAAGUGUUGUCAACCACAGCUUUGUUGCGGUAGGACUGUGGAGUGCAAAGCCAAACGGUGGCCGACCCAUUAAAGUAGCACUCUCCAUCUUGGGUUAAGCUUGCAUGGAAGCCUUUUAUUUAACCGAGCUAUACAAGAUCUGGAUGAACUUGAAGUUCAUACAGAAACGGUAUCAAGUUGGCACACGGAUAAAAAAAGGUUGUGUGUACUUGAUAUUGCAGCUUGAUGAAAUGCAACACUUGGCCGUUCAUGUUUUUUGAGUAUUACAAUUUAGAAUAUUGUGUUGUUUUCUCAUUUAUUCAUCUUUAGGACAUACAAACAUUCUUGUUUCUCAUGACUUAUUAUUUUGUGGUAGUUGCUGUCAUUUCUAUUAACUCGUUGUUCAUUACCGUUUCUGCUAAUUAAAAUAUUUUUACCCAA